CUAAUUUUCUCGUAAUUAAUUAUGAUUAUUGUGGUAUCGAGGAAUCAGAACAUAAUUACCUGACCAUUUAACAGUUAAUCACAAUUCCUUGUGGCGUCCGCUUUCCCCCAAAAACCCAGAACACCAGUCCACCACCAACGGCGUCCUCUUCUGAAAUGACAUUGACACAAAUUCCCUCCCCUUCUUUGUCCUGCCUCCUUAAUUCUUCACUCUCCUUUUGGUAUUUUCCUGUCCUCCACAACAAAAUCACCCAAACAAGAAGAAGAGAAAAGAAAAACAGAGUCAAUUCCAUUUCAUAUGGAACCCUCUGAUGGGAAGAAAAACCUCUUCCCCUUGUAGCAGCAAUACUCCCGCUGCUUAGAUCUUUCUCUUCCCCCCCUCAAUCUUAUUCUGUUCCUCUCUAAUCCCGCACUGCCAUGAAUCUAUCGCAGCUGCAAUUGCUUCGAGUUUCAGUUUCAAUCUUCCUUGCUCUGUUUCUUCUUUCCCCUGCCCCUCUCGUUGACUCCGCUGACAAUGACUUCUACCCGGAGGAGCGAGACGCGCUCCUGCAGAUCAGGGACUCGCUUCCCUCGACGGCGAAUCUCCACGCGCUGUGGACGGGGCCGCCUUGCCGCCGGAGCUCCAGCCGAUGGCCGGGCAUCGCCUGCGAUAACGGCCACGUGGUCCACCUGGUGCUUCAGGGGAUCAACCUGACGGGAAACCUUCCGACCCAGUUCCUGCAGAACAUCACAUUCCUGACCAAAGUCAGCUUCGUCAACAAUUCCCUCCGUGGGCCGCUUCCCAAUCUAACUAGCCUCGUCAGGAUGGAGCAAGUCUCCCUGUCAUCCAACUGGUUCACCGGUUCUAUCCCGCCAGAGUAUGCUGCCCUGCCCAAUUUGAAAAUCCUGGAGCUGGAGAGCAAUUCUCUGCAGGGGACGAUCCCGGGUUUUAAUCAGUCUGGGUUGAUCCGAUUCAAUGUGUCGUACAAUCUGAUAGGAGGUCGGAUCCCUCAAACGGCGGCUCUGGAGAGGUUUCCCCGUAGCUCCUUCGAUCACAAUUCGCAGGAUCUCUGCGGCACACCGUUGGACUCCUGCCCUGUUCCGCCCCCGCCCCCGUCGCCUCCGCAUCCGCCUCCGCCUCCCCCGGCGAAUCCGACUCCGUGGCGGAAAAGGAAAAUUGGAGUUAAUCUAUGGGUAAUUGCAGUGAUCGCUCUUGGAGGUGCAUUAUUGCCGCUAUUCAUCAUCAUACUCUGCCUCCUCCGUUGCCGGAAGCAGGGGAAGGGGACCCAAACUCCCGAAGGCCGAAGCUACAUAGAGUGGUCGGAGAAGAGGAAGGGUUACUCAGGGAGCGGUACGGACCCAGAGAGAACAGUGGAAUUGGACUUCUUCGUCAAAGACAUUCCUGCCUUCGAUCUUGAAGAGCUGCUGAGAGCCUCGGCUGAAGUCCUGGGGAAGGGUAAGAACGGUAGUACAUACAAGGCAACCCUUGAAUCAGGAGCGGUCGUCGCCGUUAAGCGCCUCAGGAAAGUGAGCGUCUUGUCUCAGAAAGAAUUCGUCCAGCAGAUGCAGCUCCUCGGAAACCUGAAGCACCACAACCUGGCACAGCUCGUCUCCUUCUACUACUCCCCUGACCAAAAGCUCAUCAUCUACGAGUACAUCCAUGGCGACAACCUCUUCGAAAUGCUACACGAUAACAGAGGAAUUGGAAGAAUGACAUUGGAUUGGACAGCGAGGGUGUCAAUAAUCAAAGACAUAGCCAAGGGUUUGGCGUUUCUCCACAACGCUUUACCUUCCCACAGGGCGCCUCACGGCAACCUCAAAUCCUCCAACGUCCUUGUUCACAGGGAAGGUCUGAACUACUACUGCAAGCUCACCGAUUACGGCCUGCUGCCGCUUCUUCAGUCGCAGAAGGUGUCGGAGAGGCUGGCUGUAGGGCGGUCGCCCGAGUACUGUCAGGGGAAGCGGCUGACGCACAAGGCUGACGUGUACUGCUUCGGAAUCCUGCUCCUGGAGGUGAUCACGGGGAAGAUCCCCGACGACAGGCCGUCGACGAGGGAUAACGAGGCGGCGUCUCAGCUGGAUGACCUGUCAGGGUGGGUCAGAUCGGCGGUGAACAGUGACUGGUCGACGGACAUAUUGGAUAUAGAGAUUAUGCAGUCGAGAGAAGGGCACAGCGAGAUGUUUCAGUUUACUGACUUGGCGCUGGAGUGUACUUCUGGGCCGCCGGAGAAGCGGCCGAAGAUGAGCGAAGUGGUGAGAAGGAUUGAGGAGAUUGAGCAGAGAAAGAGAUAAUGGAGGAGGAAGAAGGGUACUUUGUAAAGAUGCAAAUUGAAUUUGAUUUGAUUGUUCUUGUUCAUAGCUAAUUGGGGAUGAGGUUUCAUCAUUUGUGGGAUCAUAAAGGGGGAGAUGAAGGUUGAAAUCCUCUGUUUAACUAGUUUAGCUGCAGAUGCAUAUGUGAAAAUGAAAGAAUUUGAAGAGAGGUUGGUGAUACGAUUCUUUUCUAAGUAGCUUGAUUUGCCAAUUGUAAUAUUUUGUGAUGUACGUACAAAGAUAGAUGUUCAAAGGGAUAAAGAAUUGCAGAGAUGAAUAUACACAUUUGUACAUUUGCCACAUGUUUUCUAAUGAAACUUUUCUGUUCCG